ACCCGAAAAUGUGCAAACUUACAAUGCUAGACCUUUUUUUAAAACAAAUUAAGAAUGAAUUAUGCCGUGGUUUAUAAUAACAAUUAAAAAUAAAUUUGAAUAAUUUUAGCGGCAACUGGUAUAAGAAAGCGGGGUUAUUCGUCAAAGGAUAAACAUAAAAGUAACUAAAAAAGAUUUCCUCUAAUUUAAAUAGCUCACGAAAACGCCUACGUUAAUCUAUUUACUAUUCAAUUAAAUAAAAAGGCCAUGUAAUUAAUAUAAAUUAAACUGCCUGCGACCUUUUAUCAACCAGUGGAGCGAAUUUGAUUUUUCCCCUUUCACUUUUUGUGUUGCAUCCUGUAGAGAUUAGGUAGGGAAGAUAAGAGACAUUUUUUAUAAAUGAAGUGAAAGUGUCCUUAUCCAAAAUGGAACGUUUUCAUAAAAUUGAGGUGAACAAAACUGUAUGGGAGGUACCUGAUCGUUAUCAGAUGCUAGCUGCAGUUGGAUCGGGUGCAUAUGGCCAAGUUUGUUCAGCACUGGAUUCGACUACGAGCACAAAAGUUGCCAUAAAAAAAUUGGCUCGUCCAUUUCAGUCGGCCGUUCAUGCCAAGCGAACGUACAGGGAAUUAAAAUUGCUUAAACACAUGCGACACGAAAAUGUUAUCGGACUUUUAAACGUCUUCUAUCCGCACAACGAUACCAGCCAGAUCUACCUAGUAACACAUUUAAUGGGUGCAGAUUUGAACAAUAUUAUUCGCACCCAGAAAUUAACAGAUGAGCACGUCCAGUUUUUAGUGUACCAAAUUUUACGGGGCCUAAAAUAUAUACACUCGGCAGGAAUAAUACAUCGAGAUUUAAAACCGUCAAACAUUGCCGUAAACGAGGAUUGCGAGCUGAAAAUAUUAGAUUUCGGGUUGGCGAGGCCCACUGAAACGGAAAUGACCGGAUAUGUAGCAACACGGUGGUAUCGUGCCCCCGAAAUAAUGCUCAACUGGAUGCAUUAUAAUCAAACUGUCGAUAUAUGGUCGGUUGGGUGUAUAAUGGCAGAAUUGUUAACAGGACGAACUCUGUUUCCUGGAACUGACCAUAUUCAUCAGCUUAAUUUAAUAAUGGAAAUUUUAGGUACACCUUCUGACGAAUUUAUGCAAAAAAUUACAUCUGAUAGCGCCAGGAGUUACAUCAAAUCUCUGCCACCUUUAAAGAAGAAGGACUUGAAGCAAGUGUUUGCGGGAGCGAAUCCUUUAGCGGUAGAUUUACUAGGUUUAAUGUUAGAAUUAGAUAGCGAUAUACGUAUUACUGCAGAACAAGCUUUAGCUCACGUGUACUUAGCUCAAUAUGCCGAUCCGAGCGAUGAACCUAUUUCUGCGCCAUACGAUCAAAGCAUCGAAGACAUGGAUCUUCCAGUCGAGAAGUGGAGAGAGUUGGUAUUGGAAGAGGUGAGAUCCUUCGUUCCGAUGCCACUGGAAGAAGCGUCGUGAUAUUAAUUUAGUAAAAAUUGGGUAGCUUUACUUUAGUCUAAUCAAUUUAGAUGUUAUUUGUAAAAGAUUAAUUUUUAGAUUUUGGCAGGGCUUUAAUUGUAUACAAAUACGGACUUAAUAAUUCUAACAUUAGUGCGUAUCCAUGGCCAUGUUAACAUUUGGCAUUAUAUAAUAAUUUAAUUCGAUCCAGAAGAACUUUAUGACACAAUAAUAUUAUGUUCAUGGCGUUUUAUGUGCUACACGUUUUUCGUAGGUAGUCUUGUUUAUUGUUUUAACUUCCUAUGUUCGUAUAUUAACAAAUUUGCCACUUGCAAAUCUUAAUUUUUUUAUUUGAAAUACAGUAAUCUUUACUAAUGUGAAAUAUAUGCAAUUUUAACAUAGA